AUGAACCCGUCGUUCAUAUCCUUGGGCCAGGACGCUCUGCUGCAUCUCCCCGUCUUCACCCUCUGGAAGCCCUCGCUCCCCAUCCUAGCCAACUGGACUUCAGAGAACCUAGAGCAGAAGCAGGGCGCGGCGCAGGAGAUCCCGCCCCCCGCCAAGCUGCAGCAGACGAUCUACCUCGCCAUGGCCACGAACUCCCUGCAGAGGCUGGCGCUGAGGACGGCGCAUGACAUAAGGGAGGUGAAGCAGAUCGUGACAUAUUUCUGGCUCGUGCCCACCGCGAUGCUAGCGGCGCAGGCAGCCCCUGCAAGCGCCGAAGCGCACGGCACGGCAAUCAUAACGAGAGGAAGAGGGCACAAUUUAGGGCCUCCCCGCAUCCACGUGGCCGUCGCGUUCCUGACAGCGCUGGUCAAAGCAACGCAGGAGAUCAUGGAGAGGGAGGGGCCCGAACAGGACAUGGGAUGGGCGGCGAACUGCAUAUGGGAGCGGCUCAAGGCAGUGGAACCCAAGUUCGGACAAGCGGUGUGCUUCGAGGCGAUCGCGGCGUUCAGGGUGCAGCACGAGACGGGAGCGAGGGCCAGAGUGGCCUUCGUGAUCGAACAGCGCCUGCAGUCCCGAGUGACCCUGGGCAAGACAGUGGCGAACGAGGAAACGUUAGCGGCGCUCGACGGGUUCAGGCCGGACCACUUCGGGAUGGCGGUCGGCGCGCCCGCGCUGGCCGGCGAGGUGGCGGGCCUCUUCGCCGAGCUGCAGGCCGCGGACCCGGGCGUCGACGUCCUCGACUACUGGGUCGACGGCGCCUGGGACGUCGACGGCCUUCGGGACGACGUGGAGGUGUGGCGAUCGGGCCCGCCAGGCGCCGCGGGCGGCGAGGCGCCCGCGGGCGCUCCCGGCGCGGAGGCGGCAGAGCUGCUCGCGCAGCUGGCCGCCGCGGGCGGCGACGCGGACCCGGAGCACUAUCAGGUGGACGGCGUCUGGGACCUGGACGGCCUGCGGGAUGACGCCCGCCUGCUGCGAGAGCGAGGGCGGGAGGUGCGCGUUGGCCUGGUGGGCGUGCCCGAACCAGCCGGGGAGGCGGCCGAGCUGAUCGCCGAGAUCGCGGCCUCUGGCACGUCGGUGGACCCAGGGGACUACUGGCUCGAGGAGGGCGACUGGGACCUCGAUGGCCUCCGGGAAGACGCGCGGUUGGCGCGCGAGGGGGCCGAACAGGACUUUCAUUGGCCGCUCUCUCGCGCGGCUCCGCCCGAGCCAGGCGCCGAGGUCGCGUCGCUUCUGGUCGAGGCUGGCGCAGCGGACGCGGCGGACUACUGGGUGGACGGCCAGUGGGACAUGGAAGGCCUCCGGGAGGACGCGCGCCUGCAGCAGGAGCGGCUGGCGGGGGCCGCGGCCGAGCUGGGCCUCGCGCUGGCCAGCGAGUGGCUGCCAGGCGUGGUGCGCAGCUUGGGCAGCACUGGCAUCCUGGUGGACGUGACGGCGCCGAGCGGCCAGGGCCCCCCCGUGGCCGGCCUCGUGCCCGCCGAGCCGACGCCAGCGGCCGCCCCGCCGCUGGCAGUGGGGCAGCGCGUGCACGUGCGAGUGCUGGCAGGCCCCGCGGCGGACGCGACGGGCGCCGCCGCGCCUCUCGCGCUGUCCAUGAGGGGGGGCGACGCGGAGAUGCUGGCGGACGUGAAGGCCCAGCUCCGCGCUUGGCAGCAGGAGCUGCGCGGCCCCGCUGCUCCUGCGCCGGCGGUCGUGGCGCCGCCCGGGGUGCAGGACUGCUCCGCGUUUGCGGCCGUCCCCUCGCAGCAGAUCCUCCCCGCGGUCGUUCACCACGCAGCUUCCUUUGGCGUCUACGUGACCGUGUCGCCGCCGGAGGCGGGCCACGGCCCCCCGGCGCUGGGCCUCGCGCACCUCACGGAGCUCGGCGGCGUGGACGUGGGGUCGCUCCAGCCUGGGCGGCCCGUGGACGUCCAGGUCACCGCCGUUGACGUCAGCCUGGGACGCCUCGCCGUGUCCAUCGUGCAGGCCGCGUGA